UGCUUAUUCUGAACGCGUACAAAGUCAAAACAUUGAAAUAACCUCAAACACAUAUUAAUGAAUUAUAAUAUUUAGAAAAAAAAUGGGAAAAAAUUGAGAAUUUACAAUAUGAACACACUUAAUAAGAAACUUUUUAUCUUCCAAGUUUUCACAUACCUACAAUAGAAAAAAUAACAUAUUAAUUAAAUACGAUAGAAACACCUGUAACCAAGUAAAAUCAAAUAAACUUUAUUUCUCAUUUAAGUAUGACAGAUGAUGAACUAGAGUCAAAUGAAAAAAAUAUAAAGGUCUUCGUGAGAAUAUUACCACUUGAAAAACUAUGCAAAUCAUGUGUACAAAUUGAUACUGAACAUAAGAAAAUAUGCAUAAGAUGUUUACAAGAUUUGCAUACAAGGAGAUCCGCUAUUAAGAAUCAUAUUUAUUGGUGCUUUCAAACAGAUGGAAUUUUUUAUAACGCAUCUCAAGAAGAAGUUUAUAAAGCGACAACAAAAAAUCUUAUAGAGAAGGUUUUAGAUGGUGUAAACUGUAUAAUAUAUAGUUAUGGUCAAAUUGGCUCAGGAAAAAGUUUUACAAUUGGCGGUUUAAGAAAUAACUGGGAACACAGAGGAUUGGUUAUGCGGCUUCUGUCUGAUAUGUUUACAGAAAAAGCAAAGCGAAGGAAAGUUAAUAAAAUACAGUAUCGUUUAAGUUUUGUUGAAUUACGGGGUAAAGAGGUAAAAGAUCUUUUACUAGCUAAAACAGAAAACAGAAUUAAAGUAAAUGAUACUGAUGCAUUUAAGAAUGUAACAAUAAUAAAUGUGAACAAUCAAGAGACAGCAUUGAAGAAACUUUUUGAAGGAGAGACUAGAAGAUCUAUAGUUACGGGUUCUUUCUAUCCAGCUUCCCAUUUAGGAACUGCAGUAAUAACUCUUCAUGUUUCGAAUACAAGUUUAAUUACCUCGUGGGCCGUUGUGGCAACAGCCAAAAUACAUAUUGUAGAAAUGGCAGGAACAGGAACUGUAGGAAAACGAAAUUGUAUGAAAUUGCCAGCAGACGUAGGUGCGGCGAAUUUAGGUCAAACUCAAGUUGAAACAUUUUUCUUAUAUUUGAGAGGCUUUGAAAUAUCUACUAAGUGUAUACUACGUUCUAAUAAUCUUUUCAAGUUUUUGGGUCAAGCUCUUUCCGUAACGUCGAUGCUUCGAUUUAUCGCGCACGUAUGCAUUACAAAAGAAGAUUUAGAUUCAACAUUGUCCACUUUGCGAUUUGCUUCUACAGUUUCAAAAUUACGUCCGGUUAAAAUGAAAUAUAAUGUUAGACCACACACUGAAACAAUCAUAUCGGAACUCAAAAAAGAGAUUGAAAUGUUGAAACGAGAAUUAGAAUUAAAUGAAAUAUUUUUAAAUCAGGAAACAACAAUAAAUAUAUCGAAGUUAAGAUACGAACAAAUGCAUCGUGACGUAAUGCACUUUUUAAAUGGUACAUUAUCUGAUCUUACGUUAUACAGCGUUUCGCAGAUGGAAAUUUUAUUAACAAUUAUUAAAAAUUUAUAUCAUAAAUUGACUUUGAAACAGGCCGAGGUUGAUACGUUAAUUGAAACUUACGAAAACGCUUUGAAAAAUAUAAAUCAAAUAACUUUUUCAAUGAAUUUAUCGAAAUCUAACGAUAAGACCAUUUUACCACCCAAAAAUAAUUCGAUUGAAAAUGAAACUCCAAAUGUUAGAUCGACUAUUUCACAAACAAGUAAAGAUAUCAUUCAAAAUUCGAAAACGGAGCAAGUGGGUGUAUUACAAAAAACAGGUAUCACGUUAGGAAAUUCUAACAAAGAAACAUUUGAAAAAUUUAUAAAAGUACAUAAACAUGAACAAAAUUCGCUAAACUUCGACGCAACGGAAGUUCAUGAACAAUUUAAAGAUAAUAAUAAACUUUUGGUUUGUGGUGAUGAAGGAGAGAAAGCUGUGGAAGAUUUGAAAGUUAAAUUCUAUCAGUUACAAAAUAUGUUGACACGUAGCAUCGAGACCAAACAUCAACCGAAAAUGUCGACGAUCCCGCGGAAAAUUUUCUGUAAUUGAACAGCGUUCAAUAAUACUAAGUAAUGUAAUAAGAUAAUUUAACGGAUAAUAGAUGAGACGAAUAAUAUAAUGUAAGUUUAUAACAAUCUAGAUAAAAUGGAGAUUAGUAAGAUCAUCAUAAAACUUGGAAUAAAAAGAUUACUCAAAU